AUGCCCGCGAAACGCACCACCGCCUCGCCGGCCGCCGCCGUACCCGCCCCCAAGCUCUCCUCCGGCCCAAAGACCCUCACAGCCAACUCCUCCGUCUACGACAUCGCCUACCACGUGUGGGAGCAGUACCUCGCAACGACGUCGCAGCGCACGAUGCUUUUAGACGCAUUCAUGGCCUUUUUGGUGCUUGUCGGCGGCAUCCAAUUCGUCUACUGUGUUCUGGCGGGCAACUUUGUACGUUUCCUCACUCCGUCCCAGGCCGCGGCCAUUCGAUCCCACUCCUCCCCCCCGGAAGGAAAAGGAGAAGUGAACAUGUAUUGGUAUAACAUAUUGGCUAACGUGCUUUGCUCUGUUUUUGUGUAG